AUGACGUCUAUAUGUACAAAGUUUCUACAAUCUGCUCAGAAAGCUUUAAUGGUGUCACUUCUGAUGACCUUCCUCACCCUCUCUUCCUUCACCAUCUUCAUACUGUUCUUUCUGAAACAUAAGCUUUACUGCACAUGUGAUGUCUGCCAUUCUUACCUCACUUCCAACUGGUCAACACAGUACAACAAUCUCUGCGAUUGGUACACUCAUCUUCUCCAAAACUCCCCAUCUCAAACCAUCCAUAUUCAUGUCCUAGCAAACACCAUCACUGCUAACCCUAAAAAUGUCGAACACAUCCUUAAAACCAACUUCCACAAUUACCCAAAAGGGAAACAGUUCUCCAUGAUUCUUGGAGAUCUUCUGGGCAACGGCAUAUUCAACGUCGACGGCGAUGCAUGGAUGUUUCAGAAAAAGAUGGCUAGUUUGGAGCUCGGAAGUGUGUCGAAUGCGUUCGAUAAUGUUAAGUUUCAUGUGGAAAGUCGACUGUUGCCACUUCUGUCUUCGGUUGCUAGAGGAAAAGAUGGGGGUUUAAUUGAUCUGCAAUGUGUUUUUAGACAGUUUUCGUUUGAAUACAUUUGUCGAUUUUCAUUCAGUUUGGAUCUUAAUUCCCUCGAAUUACCUUUUACUGUUUCUCAGUUAUCAGAUUCAUUUGAUCUAGCCACAACACUGUCAGCCAAGAGAGCAAUGUCGACGUCGCCGGUGGUAUGGAAGGCUUACCGGCGAUUGAAUUUGGGGUCGGAAAGAAAGCUCAAAGAAGCGAUUCAAAACGUUAACAUCCUUGUGGAAAAAGUCAUCGAGAACAAGAAGAAAUUAGGGUUUACAAAGAACCAAGAUCUUCUAUCAAGAUUCAUGGAGGUUUCCGACGACCGCUCGUUUCUACGAGAUGUGAUGGUCAACUUCAUUCUCGCCGGCCGAGACACGGUUGCUUCGGCCUUAACAAGUUUCUUUUGGCUGAUCAUGAAUCACCCAGAAGUCGAGUCCAGAAUACGAAUCGAAAUGGACCGAACGAAGAACCGAAAACAAGAUCAACUCGCAACAUUCGAAGAAAUGAAAGAACUCCAUUAUCUUCAAGCAGCGAUACACGAAAGCAUGAGACUCUACCCUCCGAUUCAAUUCGACUCGAAAUUUGCAGCAGAAAACGAUGCAUUACCCGACGGAACCCGGGUGAAAAAGGGAACGAAGGUUACAUUCCAUCCAUAUGCAAUGGGUCGGAUGGAGACGAUAUGGGGGAAAGACUGCAAGAAGUUUAAGCCAGAAAGGUGGUUGAAGAAUGGGGUUUUCAAGCAUGAAAACCCAUUUAAGUAUCCGGUUUUUCAAGCCGGGUUUAGGGUUUGUUUGGGGAAGGAAAUGGCGUUGAUGGAAAUGAAAAGCGUGGUACUGGGUAUUCUAACCCGGUUUAAGCUAAGGCUUGUAAAGCCGGAUGGUGAGCUCCGGUUUGAACCGGCGUUAACGGCAACCGUCAAGAAUGGGCUUCCGAUAAUUGUUGGAGAGAGAAGAGUUGCAAGUCAUUGA